AUGUAUCGGCAGCUCCUCGAUAUGGAGCGACGCCUCGACUGGACUAUCACGCGCAAACGCGUCGAAGUCCAAGAUGCGCUACAACGAAUCACUCCAACAAUACGAACUUUACGCAUAUUCUUGAGCCACACGGUUUCAGGGCAGACUUGGCAGCAACCUGUUACUGCAAGCGUAGGAGAGGGGGAAGCGGGGAAGGUGGAACAUGACUCAGGGGACGGUAUUCCCGCGUGGCAGUUAAGGAUCGAUGGACGGCUACUCGAGCCACCAAACCAACGAUCGAAAGACCGUAACCCCCCACGCAAAUUCUCAACAUUAAUCAAACAGAUGGUUGUAGAGCUAGACAGGGAUGCUGCGUUAUACCCAGAUGGAAAUAUUGUGGAGGCGAGUCUUCGUGGCUCUCCUAAUCAACCACAAUUAGACGGAUUUACGAUCCGACGAAAGGGCGAUACACCAACCAAGAUCCGGGUUUUGCUGUAUUUGGACCAGCAACCGGAGCAAUAUAAGAUCCAUCCGGACCUCGGGAACCUCUUGGGUGUCAGGGAAGAGAGUCGGACCGGCGUGGUCCAGGCACUCUGGAACUAUAUCAAGGUGCAGGGUCUGCAGGACAAAGUGGACCGCCGUAUGGUCCGCGCAGAUACUCAUCUCCUCCCGAUCUUUCGUAGCGAGACUGUGUUAUUCCAACAUCUGCCAGAGCUAGUAAAUCGCUACUUGGCACCCCCAGACCCGAUCAUACUGCACUACACGGUUAAUCCUGCCGUUCCUCCUGCUGAAAAACCGGGAGCAUGGGAUGUUGAUGUGAAGCUAGAGGACACAGUGCUGAAAAGCCGUAUGGCUCAAGCUGUUGCACAAAUGACAAAUGAAUCAGCGCGUGAUCUGGUCAAGCUCGACGAUGAGAUUGCAGUUCAUGUUCAGUCUCUAAACAACUCGCAUAUAAAACGCACUUUCAUGCGCUCGUUCGCGGAUGAUCCCCAGAACUUCAUUCAGACGUGGAUCGCGUCACAGUCGCGCGAUCUUGAAAGUGCGCUGGGCAGCGGGCCGAGCGAGGGCGCAACAGUAAGGCAAGAAGACCUUCGGCGUAGCGAGUACUUCCAGCUACCGUGGGUGGAGGAGGCAGUUGCCGUGCAAGAAGGUCUACGCCUCGCGGCGAAGGCGGGGAUGUGAAGUAGCAGAUGUGCUUUCGUGUUGUCAUACUGUACUUAAGUUAUCGAUCGUGUAAUGUGUAUUGAUGCUUCCAGAAAUGCACCGACGGAUGAUAGCCAAAGUGGUCGUUCUGCAUCU